UCACUUCACUUUUUUUGGUUUACAAAUAUGGCAAAACUAUUUAGUUGUUGUAGGCUCUGCAAAAGAAAGUGGAAAAAUGGAGGCUAAUAAGAACAAUAAUGUUGGAGUAAAUCAUCAUCAUCAUCACAAGGAAGAAGAAGAUGAUGAUGAGCUUCUCAAGACCAGGAUUUCAAGCCAUCCUUUGUAUGAGAGGCUCGUUGAGAAUCACCUCAAUUGCUUAAAGGUUGGAGGCAUUGGAGAUAGAGGCAGAAAUAAUAGCAAGAGCAACCAAAGGAAAGCUGAGCAUAGUAUUAGUACUAAGAUUAAUCCAUGUUGUAGCAGCAUGCAGCUGAAUCAAUCAGAGUUAGACCUCUUUAUGGAAGGAUAUUGCUCGGCACUGAGCAAGCUAAAGGAAGCCAUGGAAGAACCUCAGCAGCAAACAAUAGCUUUCAUCAACGGCAUGCAUUCUCAACUCAGGGACCUCGCUAGGCCCACUCACCUCUCACCUGAUGUUUUUCUUCAAGAAACAGCCAGGAAUAAUUCAAAGUACGUGGAUUAAUGCUGCAAAAGUUGUGACAAUUGGGUACCUGAAAAAUGACUAAACUUGAAGAAGCCAUUGCAGCCAACCAAACCCCUCCUGCUUCAACAAUCCCUCUCUAACAUCAUUAUCCAAAACUUUGUAACCUAAGCUUAUUAUUUAUAUAUGUGAUGCUUGAGUUCUUAUUUCCUUGAUA